AUGCUCCACGAAAUCCUCCUCUCGCUCUCCGGACAUCCAUCCGCACUUUUCGAACCCCAGCAAGGUUCCACGCACGUGACUUCCACCGCGAACCGCUUGCUGUCACCCCCGGAAGCGGAGCUGCUGGCCACAAUUGGCCAUCUGUCUCGAUUGCACCGGAAGACACGCGACCAUGUUACGAGAGUUGCAAAUUCUCACCCAUCCACUGUGUGUCGAGCAGCAGCUACUGCCAUAACCUCGUAUCAUCUGGACAACUUCCAACGCAAGAUUCUCGAUGUCGAGAGCCAAAUACUGAAGCAAGAUGCGUCACUUGUUGGAGCAUACAAUAUUGUGCCGCUGGCCGGCAUCGUUGGCGAAUUUUCCGGAUGGGUCAGGCUGAUGGAAUGGCUAUGGGACAUCAGCAACUUCAUGCUGCCUCUGGAACCACCGCCGAAAAGUGAGAAGAUCAGCCGAAAAACAGCCUCAGGUUCCGAGCUCAUUGACAAGCUGCGAACAGAAGCUCAAACAGGAUACCCGGAUAUCGAGGAGGCGGCCCAUUACUUGAGCAAAGUUGCAGAGACAGCAUGGCUACGGCAAUUAUCGACAUGGCUCCUGUAUGGCCGCUUGCCGUCUUUUGGUGCCUCCGACUUUUUCAUUGCUCAGGAGGAUGAAGACUCAACCGAAGUCUCCCUCGUAGCCCGGAACAGACUGUUACCCAAGUUUGUUACACGACAGACCGCUCUAUCUAUUAUGUUUGUGGGGAAGUCGCUCAAUCAGAUACGAUCAUUGCCAUCGACAUCAAAGGCAAAGGCAGCUACGACGCAGAUAUCAGAGCUCGAGCUUCUACCGGUCCAUGUGCAAUAUCUUUCUCAGGUGCCAGCGCCAAUAUCUUCGGCAAAAUUGUCAGAAGUCAUUGCAAACAUCCGGACAUCACUUUCACGCAACUUGCUUCAACAUCUGCUACCUCGUGAGAAGAUAGUCGAGACUCUAAAUGUACUGUAUCAGUUCUUCCUUCUUGGCAGGGGCGAGUUCGCGAUGGUCUUGAUAGCAGAGGCUGAUGAGAAGUUAUCAUCUCGACAUCGUGGCCCACAGUCAGCCAAAUCUGGACCAUCUAUCAAAAGCCUAUUACUAAAAGAAGCCGAGAUAAAUCAAACUCUAGCACGGUCACUGUCAGUUCUGUCAACUCUGGGUGGCGAAGACGACCACAUCGAUGAUAUCCUGGAUGCCGCAUCAGAUGUCUUACAUCUUGACGUGCACAGUGCAUCAGGUCAUCGCCCUGGUACACCUGGUCGUGCGAAAGACGUCGAGUCCGCGUUACCGCAAAUUCCGAAUAUGUCGUUCGAUGAGCUAUUGUUGUCAGUGCCUGUCUCUCUUGGCAUGGACAUUCUAUCGCCUCUCGAUUUGUUCAUCACCAAGGCCGACGUAGAUGUUUACUCGUCAAUCAACAACUACCUACUCGCUAUCAGACGUGCCCAUCUCCACUUAGCUCAACUGUGGCGGCACAGUACAAUUCGGCGUGAUCAUCCUUGUCCCCCAGGCUAUCAGUACAGCAAUUCGUCACAUGGAAAGGCAAUACUCAAACGUCGGCGUCAGCGAACGAACCAGAGAUCACGAAACAUGCGGAAUAUCUGGGCGACGUGCCGCGCUGCCAUCUUCUUCUUAGCUGAAAGUGAGGCUUACUUUCAAGGCGAGGUGGUGCAAGAAUCCUUCAAAACAUUCUUGGACUGGGUGCAAGGACCUCGAAAACGACGACACGAUGAGACUCGACCGACAACGCCAGAUAGACCGCCCACCCGAGAACUGGGUGAAACGCAGAUUGAGAGCAGCGUGCAGCAGCAACAUGACCCAGAGGCGCUCGCUUUUGCACAUCGUCAUUUCUUAGCUUCUGUGGCAUACUCUCUCCUCAUUACCGACGGCAUUUUCACCAAAACGCUGCGCACUUUCUGCACCCAUGUGGAUGACCUCGUCGCACACAUUACGCGCCUCCAGUCAAUCCAGCAAAACCUCGAUCUUGAGGAAGACGAAGGCGUCGAAGAUUUCUCGCAGAACUACAAGAAGGAAGAAGUUGAUGUGAAUCUGGAGAUGAACCGCGCAAGAAAGAGACUUGACAGUGAUCUCAAAGCGCUCGUUGAGCGGCUGAGAGAGAUUGAUAGCGAGAGGAUCGGUGCGAGCGGACCACGACCCACGAAUGCUUUGAACCAUAGUGAGGGGAAAUACGAACCACUUCGAGUUGGUGGUAUCGAUCGACUGCUGAUGAAGCUGGACUGGGGCGUGGAGGAUGUUGAAGAGGAGCACGAAGACCUUCUGUAG